UUCCCGAGCUCAGGUGAGAGCGCAGGCAGCUCUGUAGCGGCCUCGGGCCUGUGGGUGCCGCAGCUGCCAACAUCCACACCUCGACCUGUUGCCCGCCCUUCGAACUGGGGGCUGACACUGACAGAGCAGAGCUGGACCUCCGGAACCCCCUCUUGGGAGCCAAGCUUCAGCCGGCGAGAGAGCUGGCAGCCGAGAUGGCAGCGGCUGCUGGGCGAGAUCGCCUUCCAGCUUGACCGCCGAAUCGUCCACAGAGUCUUCCCCAACGCCGAUCGCUACCGCGGCUUCAGUGCCGCCACCAUCCCCGAGGGAAUCAUGGAGAUGGUCGAGGAGACGGAGCGGGGAGCUAGCCGUGAUCUGAGCGUGGCCGCAAUCUGGAACUAUGAGUUUGUGAUGAGGCGACUGUGGGCACUGGGCUACGUCCCCGAGGUGCACUUGCCCGCAAUCGAGGCCUUCAUCAACACCUACGGCCGCCUGGAGCGGUCGUACUGGUUCCCGGCCGAGCCAAACGUGGCCUUCCUGCGCCACGUGGUCAGCCAGGAGGUGCCGCCGGAUCUGCGGCCCAACGCCAUGGUGCUGCUCGAGUGCCUGCUGCAGCUGGCACAGGAAGAUGGGCAGCCCCUCUUCUGCUACUGAGCGGCUGUGCCGAGCCGUGAGCCCUGUCCCGGC